AUGACUCGAUCGAUGAUCAUGAAGUCUCACUCAGACCGAGGCGAGUACGAGCAUGCUAUAUCAAUCGACUCCUCUCACAGCCAACACAAGCCGUGGAUUACCGCCAAUUCAAAGCUUCACUUCCUCUCUCUGGUUGAAGUCCAACUCAUUCCACUAUGUCUUGCUAUCGGACCGUCAUCAGAUGUCCAAUCACUUGAUCAGGGUACACAUGACUGGUUUACCCAAGCAAUAUGGCCACAAGAAGUUGGGGCGGUCGAGGCUGGAAGUUUUGUCGAGCCCUGGUGGCGAAACCCUUGCAGACAGUCAGAUCGGGGACUCCUGUUGAAAGUUCAGGGUGAAAGGGAGCCUCAAAAGAAGCUUACAAAAGUCACUGAAGUACUGAUAUAUGCCACCGUUGGAUCACACAAUGCCUCUGAUCUAACGGUGCGCACAUCCCCCUCGCCUGGACCAGUCGACAGAGUCCGCCAACCACUGUUCUCUACGAGUCUUCCACCUAUCAAGUUGCUUGCUUUACCACUAUGUUCCGCCAUAUUACAGCGUAUACCAUCAAAUCUACCUUCGCCGGAAGUGCUAGAGGAGGGACAAGCCCACUUCCUACCAGACAAGGAAAAGGUCUACGAUGGCCACGCCAAGCGGCGGAAUAUCUCAUUGCUAUUCGAGGACGCUACAAAAAAGAGGCGAAAUAUUAAGCAUAAGGGUGGCGAGAGUGUGGCUAAGUUCAUGGCAAUGGACCGGCCUGCUUCACAGCAAGGGCUUUCCCAACCACAAAUCGAGGUAGAAGAAGCAGAUCCUGCCUUGAAAACGCAUUUAGGGCAUCGGAAGACACUAUCCCGGGCAAAAAGCGACGGGUUGCUCUCGAACAGGGCAUCUACUGUCAGGCCCUUAUCAAGUGGCAAACGAUCAUCUUUACACCGAGUAGAGAGCGCUUAUACACCUCGAGAGGACGCUCAAUCGCCGCAGACUGCCAACGAUAUCCUGGAACAAAACAAAGCUGCUCUCUCGAAGAUGGUCAUGGCAGGCAUGCGUUUGCAUGGCUUGCAGCAACGACAGAGAACAACCAAAGUUGCGCGUUCGAGAAGCUCCUCGGUGAUUGGCGGGCUCCCGACAGAUGAGAACGAAGAUCGUGAGUACAAGUUAGUGUACCAUCAGACUUUUAAAGCUGUAAUGUUUGCAUUCCGGAUGCACUGCGACACCCGAACUCUCAAUCAGGAAGCAAUGCGCGAAAUGGUAGACAAGCUGCUUGACACGUUUUGUACAGAUCCGAUGUCCACAAGACCAGGUAUUAGUGGAUUUUCGCCAGAUCACAACGGGCAAGACGUAGUAGCUGAGAAUCCCUUUGAUCUGCCAAGCUCGUCCGCACAAGCUGCUGAUCAGAUUAAUGAAUGGUCGGCCCCUCCAACGAAGAAGAGAAAACCUGUGGCAAGCUUUGAACCCCCCGGGUGA